UCCGGUGAGGCGGCAGAGUUUGUUUACGUUGCUCUCAGAUCUAGCGGCUGCUUUCUCUGGCUCAUCCGCCAAGAUGGGGAAAUCCUUCGCCAAUUUCAUGUGCAAGAAGGACUUUCAUCCCGCUUCCAAAUCCAAUAUCAAAAAAGUAUGGAUGGCAGAACAAAAAAUAUCAUAUGAUAAAAAGAAACAAGAAGAAUUAAUGCAACAGUAUCUUAAAGAACAAGAAUCAUAUGAUAAUAGAUUGCUUAUGGGAGAUGAACGUGUAAAAAAUGGCCUUAAUUUCAUGUAUGAGGCCCCACCAGGAGCUAAAAAAGAAAAUAAAGAGAAAGAAGAAACAGAAGGAGAGACCGAAUACAAAUUUGAAUGGCAGAAAGGAGCCCCACGAGAAAAGUAUGCCAAAGAUGACAUGAAUAUUCGAGAUCAGCCCUUUGGUAUUCAGGUUCGAAAUGUGAGAUGCAUUAAAUGUCACAAAUGGGGUCAUGUCAAUACAGAUCGAGAAUGUCCUUUGUUUGGCCUUUCUGGAAUCAAUGCAAGUUCAGUUCCCACUGAUGGCUCAGGGCCAUCGAUGCACCCCUCGGAGCUAAUAGCGGAGAUGAGAAACAGUGGGUUUGCACUGAAACGAAAUGUACUGGGGAGAAACUUGACCGCAAAUGAUCCAUCACAGGAAUAUGUUGCAAGUGAGGGUGAAGAAGAUCCAGAAGUGGAAUUUUUAAAGUCACUAACAACCAAACAAAAACAGAAACUUCUCAGGAAAUUGGAUCGACUUGAGAAGAAAAAAAAGAAAAAGAAAAAAGAUAGAAAAAAGAAAAAGCUUCAGAAGAGCAGAAGUAAACACAAAAAACAUAAAAACAAAUCUUCUUCUUCCUCUUCCUCCUCUUCUUCCUCCUCCUCUUCUUCCUCCUCCAGUGAGACUUCAGAAAGCAGCAGUGAUAGUGACAACAAAGAAAAGAAAAUACAAAAGAAGAAAAGAAAGAAAAACAAAUGUUCAAGUAAUAAAAAUAGUGAUGUAGAAGAAAAGGACAAGUCUAAGAGAAAACUUGCUGAAGAACUUUCUAGCAAUCACUGUAACAUGGAAAAAGCCAAAGAAGAGCCUAGAUUUUUAAAACAAGGGCGUUCUAGGGAGACUAGUAGAUGGAGUCAUUCUGAUUUUGACAGAAAGUGCAGAAGCCAUAACCACAGCCCAGAGAGGAGAGGAGCUGACAGAGCUGAAAGGAGCAGGAGCCGGAGCAGAGAUGAGAGGAGCAGGAAUGAGAGGAGCAGGAGAAGCCAGAGCAGAAGUCACAGUCGUUACAAGCAAAGGGAAAUAAGAAAACGGCCGCAGCGAAGUCCCAGUGGAGAGUGGAAUAGAAGAAAUGACACCAGAAGCCAUGGCACAGAUAUAUACAGAGGAGGCAAAAUGCAGAGAGAACUCAGGAGAUAAGCAUACUAGAGUGACACAGUGAGAACGAAGCAGAAGCAGAGAGAAUAGAGUGCAUGUGACAAUUAGCUGGGAAUAAAAAUAUCUUCACUUUCUUAUCAAAUACUUUUAGCAAGGGCUAAUAUGUACUAUUGUCUUUCUAAUAAGAAAGCUCUAUUUUAAUUUUUCAUCUCUGUAAACUGUUAUAUCAAGUGAAAAGUACAUGAAUCUCAUAAGAAUGAAUUUUGCAAAUAUUUGUAAGUAAUCUAUUUUGGAGCUGUACAAAUAUUUUUCUGUUGGUGUUUCUUGUGCCCUCUAUACCAGAUAAAAACCCCAUAUAACUCUGUAACAUUUUCUUUGUUCUGAAACAUCAUUAAAAGAAUGA